AGUACAGCAGGCAGCGCUAUCGUGGCCAUUCCGCAAAAUUGUAUUGUUUUGACGUUUCUGUAAACGAAAAAUUUUUACCUUUUGCAUUUUCCUAGAAAAUUUCUAAUUUUCUUAGAUUUCACUCAAGAUUUCUUGGAAUAUAACUGAAAAAUAGUUUUUUUUACGACUUUGAGAAUUUAAAAUCAGUGUUUUGUUUUGAAUCACUAGAAAUAUUGUGCAGGUUUUCCUUGUGAAAAGGAAAGUGUGCUUGCUUGGAUUUUGUCAACAAAUUCCCAAAAGCCAUGGAUAUUGGUGAAUUGUUGGCUUAUAAGCCGGAACAGACACCUAAACGUAAAAGUGAUGAUGAUCCAGAAACAGAUGAACAAGAGCCACCAACUCCGGAGCGCCCAUCGAAACUGAGGAAAUCAUCCUACGACAUCCCUGACACACCUACCCGGGAUUCGAAACCGCAGGAAGAGGAGGAAUCCUUGUCAUUUCGAUCGCCAGGACAGGCUGAAAUUGAGAAACUCAACAUUAUGCGAUACGUAGAGAAUGAGGCAGCCGAUGUGGAUAUCCUGAAUGAGGCUGGCUUGCGGAAACUCGUCCUAAUAUUCGAAAAGCGAGUUCUUAGGAAUCAGGAGAUGAGAAUCAAGUUUCCUGAGAACCCAGAAAAAUUUAUGGAGACGGAAUUGGAACUGCACGAAGUUCUGCAGCAACUCCAUGCCAUAGCCACUGUUCCUGAUCUCUAUCCUCUCUUCGUGGACUUGCACGCUGUUCCAAGCUUGCUGGAGCUGCUGGCGCAUCCCAAUACAGAUAUUAGUGUGACUGUGUGUGAUUUACUGCAGGAGCUGACGGAUGUGGAUAUCCUUCAUGAGAGUAUCGAAGGAGCUGAGGUUCUGAUUGAAGCGCUGAGGAAGCAGCAAGUCUGUGCACUUCUGGUGCAGAAUCUCGAUCGUAUGGACGAGACGGAGAAGGAAGAAGCCAAAGGAGUUCAUGACACACUGGCUGUUUUUGAGAAUCUAAUGGAGAUCAAGUCGGAAGUUUGUGUAGAAGCUGCCAAUCAGGGACUUAUGCAGUGGAUUCUCAAACGUCUAAAGGCCAAACUUCCCUUUGACGCCAAUAAACUCUACUGCAGCGAAAUUAUGUCAAUUCUCAUCCAGGAGAGCAAGGAGAAUCGGCUGCUGCUGGGAACACUGGACGGUAUUGAUGUUCUACUGCAGCAAUUGGCCAUCUACAAACGCCACGAUCCGGCCACAGUGGAGGAGAGGGAGUUUAUGGAAAAUCUGUUCAACAGCAUGUGCUCAGCUCUAAUGGCAGCAGAGAAUAGAGAGAAAUUCCUCAAGGGUGAGGGCCUACAGCUCAUGAAUUUGAUGUUACGCGAAAAGAAACUCUCGCGCAAUGGGAGUCUCAAAGUUUUGGACUAUGCAAUGUCUGGACCGGACGGAAGGGACAACUGCAAUAAGUUUGUGGAGAUUUUGGGACUGCGGACAAUUUUUCCGCUCUUCAUGAAGACACCUAAGAGGAAUAAAAAAAGACUUCUUGGAACAGAUGAAUAUGAAGAACACGUCUGCUCGAUCAUUGCCAGCAUGCUGAGGAAUUGCAAGAGUGGCCAGAGACAGCGACUUCUGGCUAAGUUUACAGAAAAUGACUUUGAGAAAGUUGAGCGUCUGAUGGAAUUCCAUAUGAAGUAUUUGGCCAAAGUGGAAGCAAUUGAUGAGAAACUUGAGGAGAAUCCUGAUGAAGUUGAAGAUCCAGAUGCAAACUAUCUCACUCGGCUUUCAGGAGGACUCUUUACUCUUCAGCUCGUGGAUUACAUCAUUCUGGAAAUCUGUGCAACCAACGAGGUAGUCAAACAGCGAGUCCUGAAAAUUCUCAAUAUGCGAGGGCAAGAGAUGAAAACCAUCAGGUCGGUCAUGAGAGAAUAUGCGGGAAAUUUGGGGGAUGCUGGAGAUAAGGAAUGGCGUGAUCAAGAAGAAGCGCAUAUAAUUCAACUUGUCGACAGAUUUUAAUAAAAGUUUUUCAAUGGAGGUAA